UGAAGUACAUAUAUUAGUAGGUCGUGCUCAAGUUUUCACUUACUCGGCAGGAACAAAUAAUUGGGUGCCAUCAUCACAACAUCCAGCGACAUUGCUUUUGUAUCAUCACCAAACAAAUAACACCUAUCGUAUCAUUGCCAGAGGCUUCGAAGAUCCCAAUGUAAUUUUGAUCAACUUUUCCAUAACAAAGGAGGUCACCUACAAGCUCGCUUCGGCCAACUUCCACACAUUCUCUGAUCAACGCACUCACUAUGGUAUCAACUUUUCGACAAAGGAGGAAGCCGACCAGUUUGGAAGCGGAUUUGAGAAUGUAUUAAAGCAAUUGAAGAGCGGACAGUCACCACCACAACCACCACCCCCCUCAUACCCAGCAUCGCAACCAGUACAACAACAGCAACCACCACAGAUGCAACUUCCACCACAGAUCAACAAACCCGCUGCAUCGGCACCACCACAAAUGCCAGUUCCAGUUCGUCCACAAUCAACCAUCCUCAACAAACCACCCGCUCCACCAGCCGGACCACCCGCUCCACCAGCUGCUCCACCCGCACCAAAACCACCAGCACCACCAGCUGCUCCACCUCCCCCUGCCGUUAGCGGUGGUGGUGGUGGCGGUGGAAGAUCCGGUCUCUUGAGUUCAAUCGAAGGAUUCUCAAAGAACGGUUUGAAGAAGACUGUCACCGUAGACAAGAGUUCGCCACUCAUCGGAAACAACAAUGCAUCGACACCAGCUCCAGCUCCAUCCAGUGGAGGUGCCGCCGGUGGUGGAGGUGCACCCAAGGCAAUGAUGCCAAUGGGUGGCGGUGGUGGAAAUAUCAUGGCUGAAGCCAUGGCAAAGCGUGCCGCCAUGAAAAAGACAGCGGCACCAAAGGAAGAUCACACACCACCCGCUCCAGCACCAGUAAAGGAACAACCACCACCCCCCGUCAAAGAGCCAAAACCAGCUCCAGUCACCGCCUCAAAACCAAAGCCACCACCCACCAUGGGACGUCCAUCACUAUCGCCAAGUGCAUCACCAAGUUCCACCGCAUCGACACCAUCCGCACUCUCUGACGAUAUGCUAACCUUGAAAGAAGAGAUCCUCGCCGAAUUUAGACGUGAACUCCAAAAGUUUAAAGAAGAGAUUCUCGAUGCAAUCAGAAAUCGUUAG